GUUUAGAUGUAGAUUACAUCAAUCGGGGUGGUAUUAGUCAUGUGGCACGUGAUUUAGAGCCCAAACAAGUCAAAAUUGGGGAAUAUGAACUUUAUAACUUGUGUGACGAAGGCCAUCACGUGGUGGGGCUGGAUAAAAAACUAAUACUUAGUACAAUAUCAGGAGACGACAACCUCAACCUUGGAAUGGAAGAUACACCUCCGCCUCCCGACUUCAUCUCACUUUUUUAG